AUGUCGAUGAGCCCCAAGCAUACGACCCCCUUUUCCGUGUCCGACAUCCUGAGUCCGCUGGAGGAGAGCUACAAGAAAGCGGCCGCCGCUUUGGAGGUCGGCGGAGGGGCGGCGGCCAACAACCUGGGGGGCUACCGACAGCUGCAGGGGUCCCAGGCGCCCAUGCAGCAGCAGCAGCAACAGCAGCAGCAGCAUCCCCACCACCACCACCACCAUCACCACCACCACAUGGGUCCCAAUGCCGGCAGUGGGGGAGCGGGUGGAGGGAGCGCCGGUGCCGCUUACCACAUGAGCGGAGUGCCGCAGCUGUCCCACGCCGCCGCCGCUGCCGCGGUGGGCGGAUACUGCAAUGGCAACGUGCCCGGCGAGCUGGCGCCCUACCAGGAUGGCGUCAGGGCCGCUGCCGCUGCCGCUGCCGCCGGAUGGUACGGGGCCAACACCGCCGCUGACCCGCGCUUUUCCACCAUCUCCCGCUUUAUGGGUUCAUCACCGGGCAUGAACAUGGGCGCCAUGGGAGGUCUGGGUUCCCUGGCGGAGGCCCACGCCAAGGGCAUGCACGGCUCCUUGAGUUCGGCGCCACGCCGCAAGCGGCGGGUUCUCUUCUCGCAGGCGCAAGUGUACGAACUGGAGCGCCGCUUCAAGCAGCAAAAGUACCUGUCGGCCCCCGAACGCGAGCACCUGGCCAGCAUGAUCCACUUGACGCCCACUCAGGUGAAGAUCUGGUUCCAGAACCACCGUUACAAGAUGAAGAGGCAAGCGAAGGAUAAAGUGUCCCAGCAGCAGAUACACCAAGAGGGGGGGACCGCCUCAUCCUGCCAGCAACAGCAGCAGCAGUCCCAGCAGUCUCCGCGCAGAGUGGCGGUUCCGGUUCUGGUGAAAGACGGGAAGCCAUGUCAAGGUAGUGGCCCGGCGGCAUCGGCCCAGCAACAGCACCUACACCACCACCACCAUCACCACCACAACAACCACACGCAGCCGCACCAGCACUCUCAGCAAGCCGCCAACGUGAUGCUGAUGUCAAGUCAGCAGCAGGUGGGAAGUGCCGGCCACUCUCCGGACCUGGCUGCGGCCUCGGGCGGACCUCCGCUCUCCGCCAGCCCGUCGGCGCUCCACGGCCAAGUGGGCCAAGUGGGCGGCCUGUCUCACCUCAACUCCCCCGCGGCCGAGUACGGAACCGCGCUGCAGUGCUCAGCGCUCCUCUACGGCAGGACGUGGUGA